GUUUGGGCCGAGUGCCCUAAUGCUUCAUGCGGUCAACUCAUGCAAGAAAACAUUUUACCCGCUCAUCUUGCUAGCCAUGGUAUCGAGAUCUGCCCGAUCCCAACGUGCCGUGCGGAAAUGGCUGUGGGUGACCUCUCUUCCCAUUUUGCGAGACAGCACGGCGACACCGAGGCUUGCCCAGAGAUUGGGUGCAUUGAGGAGCUUCAAACCGAAUCUCAACUCCACCGACACCUUGUCGAAUUCCAUAGCCUAGUUAGGUGCCCUUUUUGCGGCGAGCUAUCCGAGUCAGAUACGUGGAUGCAACAUAUUACUACUUGCUCCGCUUGCCCAGAAAGGCUGCGCCCAGACCGAACGUCUAGAGAGGGCAACACCCCUACAUCUACAGCUAGAGCCGGAACAAACCCCGGUGCUAGUCCGAUCUCGGGAUCCGACCCCCAGGAGUUGGCUACCACCUUGUACCAACAACUACAGAGUACCGAGAAUCUAGAAGCUGCCAACACACACAAACAACUUUGCGCCGCUCUCGGUCUACAGCUAAACCCUCGUUCGCAAAAGCGGACAGCCUCGCCAGCGCCAGGGCCAAGAAACCAAAAAAUAAGGUUACGGACCUUAUGAUUGCUUUGGCCAAAGUAAACAUCAGCUCCCCGGCCCGCAGGGCACGUCAUCAGCUAUUCAGGAAAGUCAGGAAGGCAUUCACCCUCAGGGACUUUGAGCUGGCUAAGCUUAGGCACGAAAAUGAGGCUCUGAAAGCUGAGUUUGAGAACAAAAAGGGAACCAAGAGGAAGAAGGUGGAAUUGAGCCCAAAUUCGAAGUUUGCCUCAAUAAAAGACAUUCGGCGCGCGCAGAGGGCAGUGGGGCGCAAUAUUGACAGCUCUGACGAAUCAGAAAGCUCGGAAGAAGAAGAAGAAGACAAAAGUUGUAUAGAGAUUAGUUGA